UGUAGUAUCGGGGGCGGAGCUCUGGAGGAGACUUUGCCCUCUCUCCCCAAAGCACAUUGUUCACCCUCAUCUGAAUGCGAGAGAAAGUGUCGCUCUCUCUGGAACUCUGUGCGCUGGGGAAAACUAAAAGACUCUUGGAUCGCUGUCAGCAGCAGUGUUUGGAGACGAGCGUUUAAAGGUUUUACUUUUGGACUGUUUGGUUUGAGUCCAGGAAGCCAAAAUGGAAAUGCACAUGGCAGAAGCCCCAGGAUCAAUGAAGGUCACAGAGUGGCAGCAGUCGUAUUAUGGGACAGAUUCAGGCAUCCAGUCAGGAGCCGCUACGGUUCGCUCAGAUGAAGAUGGAACAGAGUACAGCAGCAAGAAAUUCACCUACAGCGCCACAUUCACAGAGAACCCUGCAGACGUGGAGUCUCAAUAUAACAUGACUCGGACCCAGCGCAUACGAGCGGCCAUGUUUCCUGAGACAGUGAUGGAGGGAACGGCCGUCCUUUCCACACAGAUGGAUCCGUCCCAGCAGACCAAUGUACAGAAGCUGGCCGAACCGUCUCAGCAGCUCAAAGCCGCCAUCAUUCAUCUCAUCAACUACCAGGACGACGCCGAACUCGCCACCCGUGCCAUUCCAGAGCUCACCAAACUCCUCAACGAUGAGGACCAGGUCGUGGUGAAUAAGGCAGCAAUGAUCGUGAACCAGCUGACCCGCAAGGAUGCGUCCCGCCGGGCUCUGAUGCAGUCCCCGCAGAUGGUGGCCGCUGUCGUGAGAGCCAUGCAGAACACGUCUGACAUGGAGACGACCCGCGCCACAGCCAGCAUCCUGCACAACCUUUCACACCAGCGCGAGGGGCUGCUCGCCAUCUUCAAAUCAGGAGGCAUUCCCGCUCUGGUGCGCAUGCUGAGCUCUCCGAUGGAUUCGGUUCUUUUCUAUGCCAUCACCACCCUGCACAACCUGCUUCUGCAUCAGGAGGGAGCCAAGAUGGCGGUGCGUCUGGCAGACGGUCUGCAGAGGAUGGUUCCCCUGCUGAAGAAAAGCAACAACAAGUUUCUGGCCAUCACCACAGACUGCCUACAGCUGCUUUCCUAUGGCAACCAGGAGAGCAAGCUAAUUAUCCUGGCUAACGGUGGCCCUGAGGGUCUGGUGAACAUCAUGAGGACCAGUAACUAUGAGAAGCUGCUGUGGACCACUAGCCGUGUGCUCAAAGUGCUCUCAGUCUGUCCUAGUAACAAACCCGCUAUUGUAGAUGCUGGUGGAAUGCAGGCUCUUGGUAAGCAUCUCAGUAAGAACAGCUCUGGUCAGCGUCUGACGCAAAACUGCCUGUGGACCUUGAGAAACUUGUCAGAUGCUGCAACCAAACAGGACGGUAUGGAAAAUCUGCUCCAAGUGCUGGUCGGCCUGCUGUCCUCUGAUGACAUCAACAUGCUGACCUGUGCCACAGGCAUCCUGUCCAACCUCACCUGCAACAACACACGCAACAAAACACAGGUGACCCAGAGUAACGGCGUGGAGGCUCUGAUUCACACCAUCCUGAGGGCCGGAUCAAAACAAGACGUGAUCGAGCCAGCUGUCUGCGCCCUGCGUCACCUGACCAGCCGGCAUCCAGAGGCCGAGGCCGCGCAGAAUGCCGUUCGAACGUAUUACGGCAUCCCAGCUAUUGUCAAACUGCUCAAUCAGCCCUACUACUGGCCAGUCAUAAAGGCUGUGGUUGGUCUGAUCCGUAACCUGGCACUGUGUCCAGCCAAUCAGACUCCUUUGAGAGAUGCCGAAGCCAUUCCCAAACUGGUCACUUUGCUUACGAAAGCUCAUCAAGAUGCACAGAAACACGGUUCAUCUGCUCAACAAUCAUACCAGGAUGGAGUGAGAAUGGAGGAGAUUGUGGAGGGCUGCACUGGUGCUCUGCAAAUCAUGGCCAGAGAUCCUGUUAACAAAGUCACCAUCGCCAGCAUGGACACCAUUCCUCUGUUUGUUCAGCUGUUGUAUUCUCCACUGGAUAACGUCAAGCGUGUGACAGCUGGAGUUUUGUGUGAACUGGCUCUGGACAAACAGUCGGCUGAGAUCAUUGAUUCUGAAGGAGCCAGUGCUCCUCUCAUGGAGCUCCUUCACUCCAGCAACGAAGGGAUUGCCACCUAUGCUGCUGCGGUUCUCUUCAGAAUUUCUGAGGACAAAAACCCAGACUAUAAGAAACGAGUAUCAGUGGAGCUCACGCACUCGCUCUUCAAACACGACCCUGCUGCUUGGGAGAUGGCACACAACACCAUGAUGGAACCAGGUCUUCCAGAGGAUGAGCUUGAUGGAUACGGCCCUGUGGGAUAUCAAGGAUACCCUGACGGCAUGCAUAUGGACGGUAUGCAGCUAGAUCCAGAAAUGCCAGAGGAUUUUGUGCAAGGCAUGACUUACAACUCCAUGCCCAGAGGCUACCCAGAGUACUAACAGCCACUGAAAGAGGGUUAUAAAAAAUACAAGCGACAGACACUCCUGGUGGUUUUGUUUCCGUCGCUGGAUGCCUGUGGUCCAUUAUUGGCAAACACACACUUACACUGCUGUAAUAUAUGCAAUUCUCACUGUGCUGCGGGAGGCAGAAUCCAGCACAACUUUAACCUGCCUUUAUAAAAGGAUGACAGCAUGAUGCAAUUUACACGUCUUUUUGUAGAAAAUGUUAUAUUUUAGUGUUUCUUAUGGGUGCAUUAAUACAUUGUUGGUAAGAGGACUGGUUAACUAACUAUGCCAAAGAGAUUUUAUUAUAAUAUUUUAUAAUGAUAAUCAAGUUGCUUUUUAUAGUAAAACUGAUCAAUGAUUUAGACUUGUGAUCUCACAAUAACUGAGCUUUAUAGCUUCGUUCCCGGUGGGGAUCAGCUUUUGUGAGAGUCCCAUGCUAAGACUGUCGAAUACUGGAGUUUUUACAUGUUAACUUUUUCUCACUUGUUUUUUUUUUUUCACUCCAUAUAUUUGUUCCACUAAAAUCGUCUUAAUGUAUAGACAAGGAAAUACUGAUUUUGUUUGUUUUGCAUUGCAAUGUGUAUGGAGAUUUUUUUAUUUGAAUGAUAAAUGCUGUGCUGAUUGAAAGGGACUAAUGUUUAACCAAACAAUUAAACCUUGAGCGUUUUAAAAACUAGCUUCACAUUUGUUCAACUACUAACUACUCUUAGAAUGCAAGCAGAACAGACAAAGGGAUUCUUUGCAGCGUUUUUACUUCUCACUUUGUCCAAAAAAAAUACAAAUAAAAUCAUGUUAACUAAUGCUUUGUGACGAGCUUAAUUUGGACUGGGGGUUGAAAUGGUUUUAAAGGUCUUCCGUGUUGUUUUUCUUCAUUUGGUUUAAUAAAAAUACAAUAAAUAAAUAGUACACCUAGAAAUGAAGAUUUGUUUUCUUGUUGGAACUGAUUUGGAAAAAUAUUUGCAUUAAAUCGCUUGUUCACCAAGGGAUCCACUGCAGUGAAUGGGUGCCAUCAGAAUGACAGCAGAUAAAGCUAAGAACAACACAAUCCACACAAUAGAAGUUAUGGAUUUGUUCAUUACAAACGCACAGCCUUUUACUUCACGAGUUGUAUGGAUUAAUGUGAUGAGCGGACCCCGCUCAUUCUGACGGCACCCAUUCACUACAGAGGAUUCACUGCUGAGCAAGUGACACAAGGCUAAAUUUAUCCAAAUCUUUUCGAAGAAACCAACUUAUCUACAUUUAGGAAGGCCUUUUAUUUUUGGUUUGUGUGAAGCCAAAUUGUUGGUCAAAAUACAAGUGAAAUUAAGAAGCAGAUUUAAAACACCUACUGAUUGAUUUUGAGAGAUACAAUUAAAAGAGUAACUCAUUCUGCUUUAUUAAAAGUGUACAUCCCACCCCAAACCAUUACAAAGCUGAUGUACAAAAUAAAAUAGAAGGCAAUGUCUUCUGUUUUGACACAAAGAAGAAUUUAUGCCCAUUUAAGAAUACAUUAAAAAAAAGACAA